UCUCUUAAUCGGGCAACUCAAUUGACUUAUAAAACCCAAAUAUUUUUAAAAUUAAUAAUUUCGCAUUAUUUAUCACAUAUUCAUCAAGGGCAAAAAGAAACAAACGAAUUUCGUUAAAAAAUGGCAGAUCAAGGAUCAUCCAAUGGAGCGGCCAGUUCUGGAAGUCAACCAAAUAAAAAACUUCAACAAACCCAACAAAAAGUCGAUGAAGUCGUUGGCAUUAUGAGAGUGAAUGUUGAAAAGGUGCUGGAGCGUGAUCAAAAGCUUUCCGAGUUAGAUCAUCGUGCUGAUGCUUUACAACAUGGAGCAUCGCAAUUUGAACAACAAGCCGGAAAAUUAAAACGAAAACAGUGGUGGGCUAAUGUGAAAAUGAUGAUUAUCAUGGGAAUCAUCGGCGUUGUUUUGCUUAUAAUUAUUAUUGUUCUUCUGUUGCCGAAAGGAAGUGGAGGUGGCUCAUAGAAAAGUUUUUUGGUGUAAAAACUAUUUUUUAUAUGAAAGCACAUUUGAAAUAACAGCAAACAAUUAAAUUUAAAAUUCCAUUUAUUAAAGAAAUUAUCUUUAUUCACAAUAUGUUGACUAAGCAUUUGGAUAUUUUAUUUAGCGUUAAAUCUUCAUUUUUAUUCUCCUUCUCAUUGCUGAUGCGAUGUUUUUAAAGCAACAUCAAACAUGUUUAUGCAAAUUCAAAAACAGGAAUGCCAACGCUUAUCCAACAAGUCCUGGUUUAGUAAGUAUCCAAGUAUCUCUAUGCUCAAAAUGUGUCACGUAAAUACAAUCAAUUUCAUAUUUUUCUCCCUCGCUUCUGGGAUAAAAAAAAAUCACCAUGGAGAGUUUCAAAAUUCGCUGUCGAACAAAGUUAAAGUAAAUUCUGUCAACAACAGCACAUGCUUAUGAAUCUUUAAUAAAAAGUAACAAAAGAGAGUCAAAAUAAAUUUCUAAUUUCUAACUUUUCUAAUUUCUUCAAUUGAAAAAUGAAAUUUAUGUUUGCCGAUAGAAGUUUUUAAGGGAUAAAAGUUUUAUGAAAUGUGAAGUAUGAUUGAUUUACUUAUGCUAACAUUUUUCAUAUUCAUUAGGGCUUCUAAAACUCACACAACACAAACUUUUAGUAUGCUUUUUUCCCUUUUUUCCUAUGGAAAUUUAUUGCCAAAGGCUCAAACAAGAAAUGGGUAAAAGGUUAUUUUUUAAACAUGUUUAUUACUUCCCUAAUGUUGAGCUUAUACAUGCACAUUUGAUGAGAAGUUUUAUUAUAAUUAAAGUAUGUUAGUUAUGAUGUUCUUAAAUAUUCCAUUUAUUAUACAAAUUGUUUUUUGCAUAAAUAACUUCAACAGGGAAAGGACCUUCAUACAUAUUUAGACUUAGCUUUUAAUUAAAACAUAUUUUUGUAAAUAAAUCAAAAGUUAAGGAAAUGUCAAUAAAAAAUAAUAAAUUUAACAAUUUACUUAA